AUGACCGAGGGCCGAUUUGAGACUAUUCACAAUCUGCGGCCAAAAAACUGGGAUGGCCGACGCCAUUGGACCAACUGGCAUCACCUCUACGACUGUGAAAAGGAUCACCUUGAGCGUGAAAGUUGUCCGUUUAAUGAUCUCCGUUCUGGAGGAGAGUUUCAAUACGAGCCCUGGGGUGGUGGUGAUUUCAAGACUCCAAUAGAGCCAAAUCGUCUUAACGAUCGUCUUUGUGGAGACAGGAUGGACUUUGCAAAGGGGCCUGGAACUCAGAUUGGAGGACUGGGGGACAUCCCAUUGGAUGUUGAGCCCGGAAGGCCACUAAAACACAACAAGCAUCCAGGGAAAAGUGUGAUGUUCACAAAAAAGAGCCCUCUGCAGCGGGGCCUAUUCAGCACGUAUCCCUACAUGCCGGAUCCCCUUGAUGACAAGGACGCCUCACGUGAUGCCAGGCGUGGUGAAGGUGGUAUGGCUGCGGGGCGUGUGGACGGGUUUGGUCAGGCACCGGAGUGGAUAGCAGAUCCGUAUACCGACAAGAUUGACCGUGGUCGUAUAUACCACCUCAAGGCAGGCCCACUGAACCACAGACCUGAGGAUCGACCUCCUUGGAUGCCAGAGGGGGAACCGGAAAAACGCAAAAAGCGCGUAUGCGGCGCAUUCUAUGCAGGUAAGCCAGCGGGCAUUAUCAAUGAUAUAGAGUGGAUCCCGGAUCCGUCUAUUGAAACUGGAGUCAAGAAACAAGCACGACCGUUCCGCACUUGGCACACAAGGACUAAAUGGUCGAUGCCAACGCACGCUCCUUGGACGACUGGGAAAAUCACAGCUGAGCCCUUCCGUGGCCCCGACUUGAACACAACACAAUCUGGACUUCCAUGCUUAGACGCGUACAAAAAGGUGAACAUGACACAAACCAUUGGCAAGGAGGCGGCGUUGGCCACAGUGAAAGCUCCGGAGCGUGUGAGGUUUAAGUGA